AUGGCCCCUAGAGCCAACCCAGCAGGGUCAUUCACCUUGCCGCUAGCUAUCGCCAAUCUUUUGAUCCCGAUAUCUAUUCUGAUAUUUGCAACUGGAUUCUUCCCAUACAAGCCCUUUCUUCCCGGCCUGGCCGAGUUUGAAGUCCUCGAGUUGGGACCGCCCCCUCAAGCGCCCUUUGAUAAGCUCGUGUUUGUGGUGAUUGAUGCUCUUCGAAGCGACUUUGUCUACUCUCAAGGCUCCGGCUUUGAAUAUACGCAAAGCUUAAUUCGCGAUGGCGCAGCCAUUCCGUUCACCGCGUACGCUCGCUCGCCCACAGUGACGAUGCCUAGACUAAAAGCAAUCACUACUGGCUCCAUCCCGUCUUUUGUAGACCUCAUCCUGAAUAUUGAUGAAGGUGACAAGUCUUCGGCUCUCGCCGCUCAGGAUACCUGGUUGGCUCAGCUCAAGGCAAAAGAGACGGGAAAGGUGCUCAUGUAUGGCGACGAUACAUGGCUGAAGCUCUUCCCAGACUUUUUCGACCGCCACGAUGGAACGUCCAGCUUCUUUGUUGCUGACUUUACAGAGGUCGACAACAACGUGACUCGCCACAUCAAUGGCGAGCUACAAAACGAGGAUUGGUCGUUGAUGGUCCUUCAUUACCUAGGCCUCGAUCAUAUUGGUCAUAAAUCAGGGCCCAGGAGUUCCAACAUGGUUCCCAAGCAACGAGAGAUGGACUCUAUAGUUCGCACGAUUUAUGACUCCAUGGCGUCCAAAAAGCACCUCGAAUCGACCCUUUUGGUCGUGUGUGGUGACCACGGGAUGAACGAUGCGGGCAACCACGGCGCAUCAUCGCCUGGCGAGACGUCCCCGGCGCUGCUCUUCCUGUCCCCCAAGCUCAAGGGCAUCGCAUCUACAUACGAGGCCCCCGCGCUUCCCAAGAACGGGUUUGAUUUUUACUCAGAGGUGGAACAGUCUGACAUUGUGCCGACUAUCGCCGCCCUUCUCGGCUUCCCCGUCUCCAAGAAUAAUCUCGGCGCUUUCAUCCCCGAAUUUCUCCCUUUCUGGUCGAGCCCGAAAGACAAGGUCCAGAUCCUUCUGCGCAAUGCCCGACAGAUCCUCAACAUUGUCACGGCGGCCUUUGGGCCUGAACUUUUCGACGUUGACUCCUCGACCGACCCUUGCCAACUGGAACGUACUGAUAUCAACGAACUGGCCUGCGACUGGCGUUUCAUUACUCAGCGCGCACUGACUCUCAACGCUGAGAAUACAAUUGACCAAGAGUGGCUUACGUCUACGUCUAGAUGGAUCCGCAAGGCCCAAGAUUUGAUGAGCAGCAUGGCUUCCAACUACGAUAUGUCGCGACUCUUCGCCGGACUAGGACUUGCCAUUGCUGCUGUCCUGAUGUCAGCAGCAUUGAAGGGUGUUCUUAUGCCUCAAACUGCAUUCCCGCUUGUGCUGAUUUCCGUUUCAUAUGGCGCAAUGAUGUUUGCAAGCAGCUACGUCGAAGAGGAACAUCAUUUCUGGUACUGGGCUGCGACCCUCUGGCUGGCGUUUCUCGGGGCCAAGACCAUUCGACGAUCCGGCAAGCUCUCGUCUGGCGGUCGGUACGUCGUUGCCCUCUUCGCCAUCCGCAUCACACGAAGUUGGAACCAGACCGGCCAGAAGUUUGCUGGUGAGCCCGACAUUAUCAAGAUCUUUGUUCACCAAUACCCAGCGGCCUUGUGGAUGGCCAUAAUCGCCAUGUACGGCAUCACAUGGUCCCGGAUGCUGCCUAGCCUCGAGAGUAUCCCCUUUAUUGCCGCCACGUCCAUCACUUCGGUCCUCAUCUCCUCGGCGUUUACCUUUAAGCUGGCAUUUACCGCCGCUGAUGCCCCAGAGCUCGUUGUGGGCUUUGCAAAGACGCUGAAUGACAAGUUUGAGGGCCAGUCGCUGCUUUGGCGCGCCCGUGUUGUUUUUAUUGUGCUCAGCUUGCUCUUUACCUUGGCCAUUGUUCGCGGCGUCUCCGGCGGACGACACGCAAAAGCAGCCACACGUCUGCUGCACGAACUCGUCACCCUCUUCGCCAUGACGCAGUCCCGCGCUGCCAAUGUGCCUAUCUUCCUCCUUGCGCACAUCAUCUACUGCGCCAUCGACGCCAAACAACUGACAGUCGCCGAAAUCACCACGUCGUCCAUCCUCUUCCAAUACGUUAGCUUCUUUGCUGCUGGCGGCUCCAACGCCAUCUCCUCGGUCGACCUCUCCAGCGCUUACAACGGCGUCGCGGACUUUAACGUCGUCGCCGUCGGCAUCCUGACCUUUGUCAGCAAUUGGGCCGGCCCGUUGUACUGGACGUCCGCCACCACGACGCUCCUCCUAGACAAGUACAGAGCCGGUGCGCGCGAUGUAUUUCAGCAGCACGCCACGCUUCUGACUGUCUUUGCCACGAUAUCGGCCGCGUCCGUCAUGGCGGCAUGUACUGCCAUGCGCACCCACCUGUUCAUCUGGACCGUAUUUUCGCCCAAAUAUCUGUACGCCAUGGCUUGGAAUAUUGCACAGCAUCUCGUGGUGAAUAUUGGAUUAAGCGGUGCUCUUUUCUGGUUAGGCACUCGAUGA